AUGUCUAGCUUGCCUGUCCUAGUUUUCGGGGGAACUUCUAUCGCCACCGAUGGAAGCUUCACAAAUGUCGCUGAGGUCUCGGCCUUACUGGAAGCCCUUGAAAGAGAAGGAAUCAAGCAAAUUGACACUGCUCAGAUUUACGGUGCUAGUGAAGAGCUCCUCGGCGAAUCUGGGGUUUCGUCGCGGUUCAUAGUCGAUACCAAGCACGCAGGGGGCUGGUCCCCAGGAUGCUCGUCUCGAAAGGAUGUUUACGAAAACGGACUCGAAAGCUUGAGAAAGCUUGGAGUUGACAAAGUUAAAGUGUUCUAUUUGCAUGCUCCUGAUCCCAAGGUCCGUCUUGAGAAGACUCUCGCCGGUAUCAAUGAUCUGUACCGCGAGGGAAAGUUUGAAACCUUUGGCCUUUCCAACUUCAGCGCAGAGGAGAUCACUGAAGUCCUUCACGUUGCGAAAGAGAACGACUUCAUCCUCCCAAAGGUCUACCAAGGCAAUUACAACACCGUUUCUCGUUAUAUUGAGACGGACAUUUUCCCAGUUCUUCGUCAACAUGGAAUGUCAUUCUUUGCCUACAGCCCCAUUGCUGGCGGUUUCCUCACCAAAACCAGAGAUCAACUGGUUGAAGGCAAGGGAGGGCAAGGUCGAUGGAACCCGCAGUCACAGAUGGGCUCAUUCUACCACAUGCUGUACAGUAAGCCGACUUUCUUCCAGGCCUUGGACAGUUGGAAUGCCAUAUCUGAGGCUUCGGGAAUUCCAAAGGCCGAACUUGCAUACCGUUGGAUUGCUUUCCAUUCUGCUCUUGACGGUCGACUGGAAGAUGGACUGGUGAUUGGAGCGAGCAGUACCGACCAGCUGAACAGGACCGUUGCUGCUCUCAAGAAUGGCGCACUUCCUGAUUCGGUGGUCAAACAGAUUUCCGAUAUCUGGGAAAUUGUGAAGAACGAUUCGGUUGCUAACAACUUUGAUGUGUUGAGAUCAUAG